AAUCUGGAACAAAAUAUCGAAGAAAAAAUGACUUCCUUCAUCAACUUUGUGUUUUUGUCCACAUUUUCUGCCGUGGCUUUGUCUCUUCCAUUCCCUCACAACUCCAUCAAGAGCGUUCCGAAGAAUGGCACAAGUCGGGACUUUGAAUCAUCCGGUAACGGUCCAGUCGAUGAACAGGAGCCUAUUCGGGGAACGGUCAAAGUAGUCAAACUCAACCCCAAUAACCUGGGUCUGUCGGGUCUUUUUAGACGAGGCGGGAUUUCCCCACGAGGUGCGCCCAGUCCGAGGAUGCCUUUCCCAGGCUUCUUGUCCAUGGGACGCCCUGGCCCUCCUGCGCUCCCUGCCAAAGCAGCUGCGGUGCCUCUGCAUCCACUGUCACAUCUGCACCACGACGGUCAGGGCAAUGGCGGGGUGGGUAUGAAGAAGAGGCAGGGAUUUGAGAUGUGGCAGAGGGCCAUGGAUAAGAGCGACCACAGUAAGACCAUGUCCAUGUCGCUGCCCCUCAGUCUGAAGGACUCUGCCAACAGACAGAGCUGCGCCGCGGUGCCUUUUACUCAGCGGAUAACGUCCGAGGGCUGCGAUGCGGUGACGGUCCACAACAAACUGUGCUUCGGUCAAUGCAGUUCGCUGUUCGUCCCGUCUGGUUGGGAGUCUGCCAGGCUGACGGGUGCAGGGGGACACCGCCGUGCGCCCUGUUCCCGCUGCGCUCCAUCCAAGGCCCACACGGUGACCGUGCCUCUGCGCUGUGGGAUGGAGGUGCGGGAGAAGCGCGUGAUGGUGGUGGAAGAAUGCAAGUGUGAGACUGGUCGCGAGGAGGGGAAUAUCGAGGCUGUGGCCUCCAUGCACUUGUAACUGAAGAUACUGUAGUUUAAGGGAGACAUUUUCCUAGUGCAAAAGCUCUGUGUGAAUUAGAAAACGCACACUGGGAGAUUAUAAUGAAGUUUACAGUAUUUUUUGCACAUUGCAACGCAACAUUUUUGCACUACGAAAAUAUGACCCUAAAUGCUCGUUUCACCCCUCACAGCACCUGAUCUAGCCUGUUUUGAUGAUUCGAUUCAUUGUUUUUGGACAGACAAUAUUUAUAUUGUGAUGCCAGAUGUGGACAUUGAUUAUGUGUAUUGUAUGUGAGAGUCUGAAUUUCUAAUUCAGAGAAACGAUUUGGAGGCAAAUGCCACCAAUGAUUGUUGACAAGUGACUAACAUUUUUAGUCAUGAACAUUUCUGUUCAACUCUACGGCAGAAUGAGUCAUCCACUCUGGACAGUGUAAUAAUGUUGAAUAAGUUGUUCAGUUUCAUCUGAACUGAACUGCAUUUUGUUUUUGUGAAAUAAAAAUGUCAAUCUAUUUUUGGCUUAUCACUUGUUUUUUUUA